AUGAUCAUCUGUGUCUUGGGUUGUCUGCUCACAUGGCCGAUCCUUCUGCCCAUCAAUGCAACGGGCGGCGGAGAUGACUCGCAGCUGGACAAGCUUGCGUUUGGCAAUGUCGUUGAGAGCCGUCGGCUGUACGCUCACGCAACUAUCGCUUGGGUAUUCGUUGGGACGAUCGUACUGAUCAUCACGAGAGAGCGCCUUUUUGCGAUCAGUCUGCGAAAUGCCUACGCUACACUGCGACAUGUCGAGUCACGGCUGUCAUCAAAAGUUGUGCUGUUCCUGUCAGUUCCUAAAGACGCUCUGGACGAGGAGAGACUGCAGCAAUUCUUUGGCCCUUCCGCCGUCAGAUCGUGGUACACUCCGAAUGCUGCAGAGAUUGAGGAUCUGGUCAGCGAGAGGGCAUCCAAGAUUGAUCAGCUCGAGUCAGCAGAGCUCAAGCUGGAGAAGAAUGUGGCGAAGAAAGCCCGUGACUCCCCACAAAACGGGUCGGGUGGUGGAAAGUAUGCACAUGGCACGCGGCCAGCAAGCAAGCCGUACUACGUCUUUGGUGAGGACAUCGACACCAUCGACAAGCUACGAAAGGAGAUUCCAGAGCUAGAAGAGAGAAUCAAAUCUCUUCGAGAGAACGUCGAGCGCCCUGGUGUGGCGAAGAGUGGCGCUCUGUUCGUCGAAUUCAAGACUCAAGCUGAAGCUCAACGAGCUCUCAAAAGCUCCCGACACCACGAUCCGCUAGCAUUCAAACCACGUCUGUCUCACGUCCAACCCAGGGAGGUCCUCUGGAAGAACGCCAACAUCGACCCCGCCGCCCGCCUCUCAUACUCCUACCUAGCAACCGCAUUCAUCAUCGCCACAAUCAUCCUAUGGUCAAUCCCAGUCGGCAUCGUCGGCACAAUCUCCAACAUCAACUACCUCACCAACAAAAUCCACUGGCUCCGCUGGAUCGACAACCUCCCCGACCCCAUCCUCGGCAUCCUCACAGGCUUCGUCCCCCCAUUCAUCCUCUCCUUCUUCGUCUCCUACGUCCCAUACUUUUUCCGCUAUAUCGCCAAACUCUCCGGCCAACCCACCACAGUCGAAGCCGAAAAGAAGACCCAACACUGGUACUUCGCCUUCCAAGUCAUCCAAGUCUUCCUCAUCACCACCUUCUCCUCAGGCGCAACAACCGUCGCGACCAAAAUCGCCAACGAGCCCGGCUCCAUCCCCGUCCUACUAGCCAAGAACCUGCCCAAAGCAUCCAACUUCUACCUCUCGUACUUCAUCAUCCAGGGUCUAGGCAGCGCGCCCAAGAACGUGCUCAACUACUCCGACCUCUUCCAGUAUAUCUUCUACGACAAAGUCUUCGACCGCACGCCCCGCCAGAAAUACAAUCGGAUUACGCAGAUGAAGGGGAUCGGGUGGGGAAGCGUGUAUCCGAAAUUCGCCAACUUCGCAGUCAUUGCAAUCGCGUAUUCCUGCGUGGCGCCGCUUGUCCUCGGCUUCGCCGCGGCGGGGCUGUAUUUGUUCUACAUCAGCUACCGCUACCAAUUGUUAUACGCGAUCCAAGUCAAGGUUGAGCCGAGAGGGCAGUGCUAUUCGAACGCAAUGCAGCAUCUCAUGGUUGGCGUGUAUCUGGCUGAGCUGUGUCUGUUGGGGCUGUUCAGCAUCAAGAAUGCGGCGGGGCCGGUGGCGAUGCUGGCGGUGUUGCUUGUUGUGACGAUUGUGUACCAUGCUGUUGUGAAUCGCUAUCUGUCGCCGCUGGAGAAGUAUUUGCCGCUGGAUGAGUUGCAGUCGGACAACGACGAGGAGCAGCCGCUGCUUGCGGACGACAACAAUGACGAUGAAGAAGAUGAUGAACCACGCAAUGGCACGAGAGCCCGCAUCCGCACGCUAGCGCACAAAGCCAACAACGCAAUAGAGAAACUUCCCAAGGCCCUCCUCGACCCGCUCUCCACGCUCCUCGAACCGCGUCUCCUUCCGUCUGUCGCCGACCUCCGCGAAUGGCUCUCCAACCCAGCCGCGGAAUCUUCUCAAAAGCCUCUGACAGAAGAGGAGGUGAAGAACGCGUACAUCAACCCAGCCUUGACAGCGAAGAUGCCGAAGGUGUGGAUCCCGAAAGAUAAAAACGGGCUGUCGGCCAAGGAGAUCGAGGAGAAUGAGAAGGUUGGUGUUGCGAGUACGGAUGAGGGGGCGGAGUUGGAUGGUGAGGGGAGGAUGAGGUGGGAUCGGGAUGAUUUCGAGAAGGCGCCGGUGUUCAAGUUGGCGAAGAAGUACUGA